CUUGUUUAACUCACAUUUUCUUUAUAGGUGGUUUGCACGUUUUUGAAAAAACAAACUCAUUAUUUAUAUAGUUUUACAAUAAAUAUAUCAACAAAAUGAAAAUUAAAAAGCAACAUCGUAAGAAAAAGUACCUCCAUAAGCUAAAUAGGAAAAGAAUGCACUUAAAGUUAAAAAACACCGGCGAAGUCAGUUGUAAAGUUAUAAAGGAGGCAUGGAACCCCAAAAAGACCACAUGUCGAAAUCUUCGUGAAAUGGGACUGGCAAACGAUCCAAAUAAAGUUAUAAGUAUUCCCAACUUCAAACAAGAGAAGUUGCACAAGGCAUUGCAAAUUGUAAAUAAUGUAGAGUCAGAUUCUGAGGAAGAAAAGGUAGUUCAAAAACCUGCCCCAAAGAGAAGAGUAGCAGAGCAAUUGGAAAAAGAUGCCAAAGCACCUAGAGAACGGAGGUUUAUGCUACCAAAAGGACAAGUUGAGUUUAUAACAUACUUAUUAGAUAAAUAUGGACAUGACUAUAAAGCUAUGGUAAAAGAUAAAAAAAAUUACUAUCAAGAAACAUGGAAGCAGUUAAGGGCUAAAAUAAAAAAGUUUAUGGGCAUACCUAAGCAGUAUGGUGAGUAUCUUAAAGCUAGAGGUUUAUUAGAUAAGGAAGAAGAUGAGGAAGAACUAAAAAAACAAGCAAAAGCCUUAGCUAUGGACGAUAGUGAUUAAUAUAACAAUAGAAAAAAAUUAUAAAGCAGACAAUAGUGUUUGUUUGAAGAACAUCUAUUUCUAUGAACCAAAUUUGGCUAAUACCAGUGUUUUCUAUGGAGAAAACUUUUGGGUUGUUCAUGUUUUUCUUGCAGAAAAUUGGAACUCAUCUGACCUGUUAAUUGUAAUAAUUAAACUUAUUUUGUUCAAACCAGAAGGGUUGUAAAGUAAAUACAGUUUGUAUUCAAUAUAAUAAUGAUGAAUUAUUAGUAUGAUUAAAAUAAGAAAACUGCAUUACAUAAGACUUUAUUUGUUACCAGUUGAAUUAAAUUAAACAGAAACAUUUAACAUAAAUGUUUAAAUAA